AAUUAUAGUAAUAAUUACUGAUCAAAGCGUUAAUCAUGAAGAUCCUUUUAUUGAUUUUAUUCGUAGGAUUUUUAGAGGUUUCAACUCAAAAGCAAACAUUUGAAGGAUACAAAGUCUAUAAGAUAAAUCCAAAAACUGGAAAUGACGUAGAAUUUAUAAAGAAAUUGCAAAACAAUGGUAUUGGUGAGUUGUGGGAAGACCAAGUCCAUGUUAACUAUGAAGCAAGAGUUAUGGUGCCACCGGAAAAUUUACAACUUUUCCUAGAAAACAUAAAAGAAGAAAAGAUAGACGCUAAAGAAUUGAUAAGCGAUAUGCAAAGGAUUAUAGAUAAUCAACUAUUGCCAGAUGCAGUAUCUCGGAAUUCAGCGAAUACCUCCUUACUUUCUAUGACUUGGGAUCGUUACCAUAAUUUGGAUGAUAUUAAUAAAUGGCUGGAUGAGUUAGUGAUUACCUAUCCAGGAAUCGUAAGAAAUGUUACAAUGGGAACAUCAUUUGAAAAUAGGCAAAUAAGAGGAAUCGUUAUUAACUAUAAGCCUGAUAGAAAAGAAAAACUUAUUGGUAUGUUAGAAGGGACUUUGCAUGCGAGAGAAUGGAUUUCACCAGCCGUAGUAAAUUGGAUUAUUAAAGAACUUUUGACAAGCACAGAUCCCGUAAUAAGGAGUAUGGCUGAGAAUAUAGAAUGGCAUAUAUUUCCAGUGGUCAAUCCUGAUGGAUAUGUAUACACAUUUACUACUAACAGAAUGUGGAGGAAAAACCGCAGCACUCGUAAUUUCACAUCAUGCGGUGCUGUGUCAGACGAUAUGAGCAAUGGAAUUGAUCUUAACAGGAAUUUCGACUUUGCUUGGAGAACCGUGGGAUUCUCUAGUGAUCCUUGCUCAAAUACGUUUGCGGGUUCUGCCGCGGCGUCAGAACCAGAAACUCAGGCUAUAGAAAAUUAUGUUCGGAGUAUCAAAGAUCAAGGGAAGUUCAUCUACUACUACUCCUUUCAUUCCUACACACAGGUUAUAAUAGUACCCUACAGUAAUGGGACAAGUGCUGAUGUGUUGCAAGCCGAUAAUUAUGGUGACAUGUUUGAAAUAGCGGCUAGAGGAGCGGCGAAGGCCAAAGAGCGGUAUGGUACAGUCUAUAGAGUUGGAAUUGCAGCAGACGUAUUAUAUGUAAUGAGUGGAAGCAGCUUCGACUGGGUGAAACAAGAGACUGGUGUUUCAGUUAGCUACCUUAUCGAACUACGAGACACGGGUGAUUUCGGUUUCCUUUUACCCGCCUCACAAAUUAUUCCCAAUAGUUUGGAAAUUGUGGACAGCUUAAUUGAAAUGGAUAAAGUAACAAGGCGACUAGGAUAUUACUCGGGAGCCAGUACAUUUGUUUCCUCCUUAAGUUUAAUAAUUGUGUGUGUAUUGGUAUAUUUGUUCGAGGUAGUCGACAAAAUGAUAUUAAAAAUAUUAUUCUUAGCGGCAGCAAUUGCAACAGUAAACGCUGGUAUAAGUUAUAAAAAUUAUAAAGUUUAUAAAGUCACACCAAGGAAUGAUCGUGAAGUAAAAGUAUUGACUGAAUUAAAAGAUCAAAAUGAACAUAUGUUUUGGCUUAAUUAUGUGAAACAAGAUGUCGAAGCUAAGAUAAUGGUUGAUCCAGCAAAACAAAACAUGUUUGAAAAAUAUCUAUCUGAAAUGGGAGUUAAAGGUGAUUUAAUUGUGAAAGAUGUGCAAAGUUUGAUGGAAGAGCAAAUAAAACGUCCCGUAACAAGAAAUACUCAGGAAUACAACUGGGACUUCUACCAAUCCUGGGAGGAGAUCGAGAAAUGGAUGGAAGAUACAGUCGCCAAAUACCCGGAUGUAGCAGAAAUAGUUACAGCAGGAACGAGUAAUGAAGGGAGACUAAUAAGGGGUAUGAAAAUCGCCUUCAAGAAGCGAGAAACACCCGUGAUUGGUAUGAUUGAAUCAGCACUACAUGCUAGAGAGUGGAUUACUCCCCCAACUGCGACAUGGAUGAUAAAUGAACUUCUAACUAGUACAGACCCUGCGGUCAGAGAAUUGGCUGAAAAUGUCGAAUGGCAUAUCUUCCCUGUUACAAAUCCAGAUGGCUAUGUUUAUACCUUUACCAAUAAUAGAAUGUGGAGAAAGAAUCGCAAUAAGUCAUUAUUCACAAACUGUACGCACAGAAAUGUCGAUGAUGAUCUUAGCAAUGGCGUGGAUUUAAAUAGAAACUUUGGAUUUAGGUGGAAUACAAUUGGAGCAUCAGACGAUCCAUGUGACAUAACCUACGCUGGUCCAAUAGCGUUUUCGGAGCCAGAAACAAUGGCUAUAGUGAACUAUGUGAAAGGAUUACAAAACAGAGGCAACAUGGUGUAUUAUUUCUCGCUACAUUCGUACUCGCAAAUGUUAUUGGUACCCUACAGUGAUGUUGGCGGUGCUGGCGUGCUGAGUGUACCGAAUUACGGUGAUAUGUUUGAGAUUGCAUCAAAGGGAGCUGAGAAGCUUCAAGCAAGGCAUAACACGACGUAUCGAGUUGGAACCUCUUUGGAUAUUUUGUAUCCUGUGACAGGUUCCGGAUUCGACUGGGUCAAAGGGGGUGCGAAUGUACCAAUUGUACUUUUGUAUGAGUUGCGUGAUGUUGGCGAGUUCGGUUUUCUUCUCCCACCGAGGUUCAUUCGACCCAACUGUGAAGAGUUCAUGGAUUCUAUUAUUGAGAUAGAUAGAGUCACUCGUGCGUUGGGUUAUUAUCACACGAGUUCAGGGAAUAUUUUAAAAUUAAGUAGCGUUUUGAUGGCGGCUGUGUUAUUCCUGCUGGUGUAAAUAUUAUAAAAAGUAACAUAAAUUGUUUUGUCGAAAU